AAUGCAUGGAAAAUGAGCCUUAACUAAGAAUCCUUACUACUGCCACAGUACGAACAGUAUCAUUGCUCUAUGGCGUUGCUACAAAAGGCAUUCAUAAAGGAUAUAUGCAUUGCAAUUCAUGCUUGAUUAUUAGGGACAGCUACAUGUAAACUCUGAUAGUAAUGCAAAGCCAAGAAGGUUAAAUAAUUUCUUUACAGAAUGCAAGAAAAUAUCCAGAUGUGUCACAACAAAAUGAAGAAAUAAUAUACUUUUAUGGUUAUUUUCUCAAAGCAUUGCCUUUUCAGAAGCUGCUUAUGACAGUCUUGUCAUGGCUUGAAAUUGUGAUAAUGUCAGUUUCCUGUUUGAACAGCUCUUCCAGCUCUGCCCAUUCACUAGAAGUGUUUUGGAUUCCAUUAAACACAGUAUGUGAAUACUCAGACUGAAGAACAAAGCAUUUGCAAACAGUCACCAUGUGAUCUCCAUGCCAAAGUAAUGCUGUAAAGGAAGGCACUGAAAAAUGAGCCACGCCUGCUAUUUCCUUUGAGUGCUCUCAAAGUGUUCAGAUUAGUAUAAUCUCCAUAGAUGUUGUGUUACACAGCUGUUCUGGUGUGUUCCUAAGUGAGAGUUGUUUCUGUCAGUAACUUAGGACAAGGUUUGCUGAACUUUUUUUAAAGUUUGCUGAACAGUGUUUUCAUGAGCUUUUCUAAUUGGAGCUCAGCAUGCUGGGACACAUUGUUCGUAACUGGAAAGUGAGAUGGUUCGUUCUGCUUCAGGAUAAACUGCUGUAUUACAAAAUUGAAGGAGGCAAGAAGGAACCUUCUCCAAAGGGCAGGAUCCUUUUAGAUGGCUGCACUAUUACUUGUCCAUGCCUGGAAUACGAAAACAGACCGCUGCUCAUCAAGCUAAGGACAAAAACCAAUACAGACUAUUUCCUUGAAUGUUGCUCCAGGGAGGAGCGAGACUCUUGGGCUUUGGACAUCACAGGAGCUAUUCAUGCUGGUCACCCAGUACAGGUACAAGAGCUUCACAGAAUGAAGAACUCUUUUAAACUACUAGAGAAUAUCAGCCUCCACCACAUAGUGGAGAGAAUGUGUGACAGCAGUACUGGAAUUAAGCUAACCCGCAACUUGCAACAAGGCAACAGAUACAAAGAGACUUUCACAGGUUCUGCCCUGGUGGACUGGCUCAUCUCCAACAGCUUUGCUGUGUCACGAUUCGAGGCCAUCACCUUGGCAUCCAUGCUGAUGGAGGAGAACUUCAUCAAGCCCGUGGGAGCACGCAGCACUGAGGCCACACGCUUCAGCGACCUCUCUGAGCAGUUCCUUGAUGACUCUACCGCACUGUACAUGUUUGCUGAGAGCAGUAAGAAAAAUAUCAGUUCCAAGGAAGAGCUACAAUUUAAUAUCUCUGAAUUAAGCGGCACCAUUGUGAAGCAAGGAUUUUUAGUGAAACAGGGACACAAGAGGAAAAACUGGAAGGUGAGGAGAUUUGUUUUGAGAGCUGAUCCUGCUUUUUUGCACUACUAUGACCCUACUAAGGAAGAAAACAGGCCAGUAGGUGGAUUUUCUCUUCGUGGCUGUCUUGUCUCAGCUCUGGAGGAUAAUGGAGUCCCAGCAGGAGUGAAGGGCAACGUGCAAGGCAAUCUCUUCAAAAUCAUCACAAAAAAAGACAUUCAUUAUUACAUCCAGGCCAGCUCCAAGGCAGAGCGAGCACAGUGGAUUGAGGCAAUCAAACCACUGACAUGAGUAAGGUGGACUCCAUGCCAAAUGACGAGUCACAUCUGUGACCAAGUUUCCUGCUCUCAUUGUCUGUGACUGUUGUUUUGCUCUUAGAUAGUCUAUUCUUGUUAUUUGUAUUUCCAUAGCACCCAGCAAUUCCUGACAGACCAGCAUCUUAGGUGCCUAGGAGUCAUGUAGAUCCAGAAUAAUUCCCCACCAAGAACUUAACCAUCUAACAAAAGACAACAAGUGGAUACAGGCAACAGGGCUUUACAAAGAAACAAUGAGAUACAAUAUUCCAAGGUGGAAGAAAAUAAUUACUUUUGUACAAGUAUUCAGUCUAUAUUUGACAGAUUCAGGUUGUGCUUUAUCCUAAAGCAGAAAUGCCUUGUUCCUUUCCCCUUUAUAAAGGGGUUUAUAAACUUAAUUAGUUAAGACUGACUGAAUCAAAGUCAUGAAAGGUCCUGAUGUCUAAGGCUGCCUUUCUUGGUAUACACAAGAGCCUUGUGCUAAGCCACAAUCCAGCUGCUAGGAUAAUCACUAAUGCAAAACAUACGAAGUGUCUGUCCGUCUGUCUGCUCUACCAUUUGGUUCUCUGUUAGGUUGGAAAAGACCAAAGGAUCUUCCUCUCCAGUAUAUAAAUUAUUCUUGUGCUGGUAAUGUACAGCAGUACAGGAUCCUGAGUAUCAAAACAGACCAGUGGCAGUUAUUCCAGACAAAUGCCUUUGCUGAAGAUAUUGGAUAAAAUCACCCAGCCAUAGAAAUGAGACUUCUCCUCCUGAUUAUGACAGUAAAUUCACUUAUGUGGAACACCACUGGGACUAAGAGCUCCAAUAGCAGUUAGGACUAUUGCUUUUUCUAUUUUAAGUCAUUAAAUCUUCUAUUAUUUGUC